CGCUUCGAAGUAUAACAACUUUUCACUCUGCUAUACAAAAAUGACUGGCCGCGGCAAAGGAGGUAAAGGACUUGGCAAAGGAGGCGCCAAGCGGCAUCGUAAGGUUCUUCGUGAUAACAUCCAGGGAAUCACAAAACCAGCCAUUCGUCGUCUGGCUCGUCGUGGAGGAGUGAAGCGCAUCUCUGGAUUGAUCUACGAAGAAACUCGUGGCGUGCUGAAGGUGUUCCUGGAAAACGUUAUCCGUGAUGCUGUGACCUACACUGAACAUGCCAAGCGAAAGACCGUCACCGCGAUGGAUGUCGUCUAUGCGCUGAAACGCCAGGGACGCACGCUGUACGGUUUUGGAGGUUAAAUAUAAUCCAUGACGGAAGUAAUCAAUACAAAAGGCCCUUUUCAGGGCCGCCAAACGCAAAGUUUAGAGUUAUUCUGAAAUUUCCUUACGUUUUUUCCUAAAA